CUCAGUCACCAGCCACCCAGGACAAGGGUUUGGAAAACGUCUCGUACAGGUCAAAAACCCGCGUUUAGUCUUUUUGUCUACAGCAGUUCUUCGGCCGAGUGCCCGCUCCGCCAGAUCUCCACACGUCCUUCCACAUCCAUCAAUGCCCGGCGGCGCCCUCGCAGCCAGCUGGUCGGCAAGCUUGGGCGCGGGGGCUACUCGACCAUCUGGCUGGCCCGGGACUGCCCCGAAGCCCGAUACGUCGCUAUACGGCGACCCCGAGUCGGAGGAUGUGGGUCGUCUCGAUGGCCACCCUUUAGCGGAGGGCGUCCCCGCGCGCGUGUUCAUUCCCGGGUGGUACGGCGAGCAGAUCACGCUCAGCGACUGUGGGGAAUCGUUUGCGCCGUGCGAAACGGUGAGGGUUGCUUCCAAAACCCUGCCACUUCUUCAGCCGCCCGAGGUGAGAUUCUCCGACGAGCCGCUUUCCUGCGCCGUCGAUGUUUGGGGUCUGGCGUGUUGUGCUUGGGAGAUUCUCGGGCAACGGCCGCUGUUUGAGACGUUUUUUUCCGAGUCCGGAUCGUGUCACGGCCGAGCAGGUCGAGGUGCUCGGGAAGUUGCCGGGGAAAUGGUGGGGGAGGUGAGGUGGGGGAGGAGACGGGAGUGGUUCAGCGAGGAGGGCGAGCUGGGUCUGGUGAGGACGGGGAGGGCUGGGCCCGGUGGUGGGCGGAGGUCCUGGGAGAGGCGGUUCGAGGAGAGUAUCCAGAAGCCGCGGGCUGAGGGGGGUUUGGAACCGGUGACGGAGGACGAGAGGGCGGCGCUGAUGGAGAUGCUGCGCGCGAUGUUGGCGUUUCGGCCGGAGGAGAGAAUCCCCGCGCGACAGGCUCUGCAGUCUCGGUGGCUGAGCGGUUGGGGCAUGCCGGCGCUGCAGGAGAGCGGGGGGAUUUCGGGCACGAGGAUGGAAAGGACGUGAGUAGGCGUCAAGGGUCCAUACUUAUCAACUUGGCUGUGUCGGGGAGUCGAGUUGCUGCUCUGGUUUCUUUCUUACCGCUGCUUGUGGCUAUUAAGGUUGGCGUCUGGUCUGCCUUGUGGCGUAGCUUCACCCGUUCCAACUGCGUCAAAGGUCAUUCAGUCGAACCGCCGUGCCCCCACGGUUGUCGAAAUGCUUCCUUGCUCAGGAUUGCGACAGGCUCUGGAGAGCACAGAGCCCAGAGCCCAGAGUUCCCCCUUGCGAGCUUUUUAGAGUGGCUCAGUUACCAUGAUCGCAGUGGUGUCCAG